AUGUUUUCUAACGAAGAUGUCAACAGCACAAGCCACAAACUGAAAAGCCAUAUCACGUAUACUUAUCUAAAGGAAUUUCGAGUCAAUCAAUGUCCUUUGUUUCUUCAACAUAAAUGUACUCAACAUCGACCGUUUACGUGUUUCAAUUGGCAUUUUGCAAAUCAGCGCAGAAGACGUCCAAUGAGAAAACGAGAUGGAACUUUCAAUUACAGUUCGGAUGUUUAUUGUAGCAAAUAUGAUGAGACUUCCGUUUGUCCAAAUGGAGAUGAAUGCCAUUACUUGCAUAGAAACACUGGAGACACGGAACGAAGAUAUCAUUUACGAUAUUAUAAAACUGGAACAUGUAUACAUGAGACUGAUUCAAGAGGAAACUGCGUUAAAAAUGGUCCGCACUGUGCUUUCGCACAUGGUGCACCUGAUUUAAGGCCUCCAGUGUACGAUGUUCGUGAAAUGGAAAAACCCGACUCUGCCCAGAGAGCGGAACCUAUUGAGCAAUGUAAUCUAUCAGAAAAAAUUAUCAACGAUGAUCCGAAAUGGCAGGAUGGGAAUUAUGUUUUAGCUAAUUAUAAAACUGAGCCAUGCCGAAGGCCACCACGGCUUUGUAGACAAGGUUACGCUUGUCCGCAAUUUCAUAAUCCCAAGGAUAGAAGAAGAAAUCCUAAAAAGUAUAAAUACAGGUCUAGUCCUUGUCCCAAUGUGAAGCAAGGAGAUGAUUGGAAAGAUCCAUCAUCAUGUGAUAAAGGAGAUAAUUGUCAGUUCUGUCACACUCGUACGGAACAACAAUUCCAUCCGGAAAUUUACAAAAGUACGAAGUGUCACGAUAUGUUACAAAAUGGUUACUGCCCUCGAGGACCGUUCUGUGCUUUUGCCCACGUUCAUACAGAAAUAAGAGUCUUAGAAGAUGUGGAUUUAAAUAAUUUGCCACCAGGAGUACAAGUCUUGUCUCCCAACAGCCUAAGUCCUCAAAGUUCCGGACCACAAGAUGGGGGUAUUGCUCCAUCAGAGCCAAAAGCUGUUCCUAGUAAUGCACCAGGAGCUGGGCGGCCUCAAGCUCCGAAUGAUCUACGUUUUUCUGCGUCUUUUGAAUCGACGAAAAAUGUUUGGAAUAGCGAUAGCCCCACAAUCGGAGGGAUACCGGCGCCAUUUUCAUUGCCUGAUCGUCAUCAACAGCAAUCUUUAUUUCAAUCCCCACAGAGUCCCUUAGAUUCUGUUUCGAACAACACGUUUCCAUCAUGCCCUUCACCAAUCGCCAAACCGAACUGGCUUUCUAGCAGCCUUGGAAAAGGGGAAGGAUAUUUGAAAGCACCAGGAUCGGGAAGAGGGGAGUUUCAAGCUCAAAGUCUUGGCGGUCUUGCGAGUAGUCCCUUCUCAUGGGGAGGCGGUUCCAUGAGCUCGCAUUUGAUUGGUCGAAAUAGUUUGUCAAGUACGGAAUCGUCUCCGAAAUCUCUAAAUAGAUUAAGGUUACUGAAUUGUGAAGCGAAACCGUUUUAUCCUCCUGAUGAAACCGUCGAUUCCGUAAUUGGAAACGCGCUGGAUGAUUUUGAAGGACAUGAUUUAUUGGAUAAUAAAUCUGGACCCAGUUCUGCAAGUAAACUUUGGCCCGAUCCGAUAGGGUCCGGACGAAAUGAUAAUUCGUCAUUUUUUACGAUGUCUGCUCCAGUGAAUAUUCCUCAGGAAAUGAGAAUGUCGCAACGAAAUCCGUUACCCACUCCAUCACCACCUAGUGGAGCAAAUCAGACCUCAUUUUAUGGGAGUCUCGAUGCUGUUGGUGGAAGAGGUAGUUACGCUGGUUCUCUCCCAUCAAUAGGACGUCCCCCUAGUUCAUCAGGAUUUAGUAGUAAGGAAGGAUUUUCAGGAUCAGUUUCCGGGAAUGACAGCGCUCUCAUGGAGUUAGAUAGAAUGCAAAGAAAAUGCAAACAAUGGGAAGAAAGCUGGAAUCAGGCAAAAACUGCGUGUGACGCUUGGAAAAAAGAAGCGACAGAGGCGAACGAAAGAGCAAGGAUCGCUCAAGAAUCAGCUAAAAAGAAUUUGGAAAACGCUCAAAGUUAUGAACAUGAGUUACAAAAAGCAAAUGACGAAAUCGCAAUUCUAGCUGAGGACGUACAAAACAGGGAAAACUCAAAAAAUAUUCAAAAAUGUAUGUUUUUACACAGAGCCCAAAAAACUACUAUGCUCAAACAAAGCUCUGUGAAAGAUUUAAAAGAACUUCGUACAAAACUUAAAUCAGAUUUAGAUUCCGUUGACAAAGUUUUAUGGGAAUCCUACGGGAUUCAUUGCGAAGAAGGAUGGGUUAAAAAAUGACUUGCAACAGACUGAAAAAAAUAAUUUUUUUAAAAUAAAAACUGAAACAAAUGAAAUUUAUCAUUCUUGUUAUUAAUAUUAUAACCGAUUUAUUAACUUUUAACCUAAUUUUGGAUUAUAGAGGAGAGUCUAGUUCGAUAUAAUUUUUUGUUUGUUUUAGAUGUGUUUAGAUGUAAAAUUAAUACUGAUUUAUUUUUAAGUGCGGGCAUACUUGACUCAUAUGUAAUUUAGGGUAUCAGACACAACGUGAGCCAUGUUCUAGCUGGCACACACCUUUUCGAAACCAGCAUGCCUCCUAUAUUAAGAUUAUAAGACAAUUAUUUUUUUAUACUGUAAAUUUUAACAUUGCAGUUUCAAUAGGUUCCAUUUCUACUUAUCAAUUUGUGUUUUCUCUGUUUUACUUUUCAAAACAGAGCUUGGGGAACUGUUCAAGUUACUAGUGUUUUAAGAAAAAAAAGUUUUCAAAGACUACUAUUUCUGGAUUCUAUUUGAACGCUCGGCUAUUAAUAUUUGUCGAUUGUUAUCUGACUAUUUUUCCUCGGAACAAGACCUGGUACAGGAAGUUAAUAAACAUAGAUAUUGUUUUGAAAUAUUUCAGUCGACUUUCGGGAUGUCCUAGGAAUUAAGUCAAUUUCAUGUGAAAUUUUUCAGACAUUUCAUUAGGACAGUGGUUCUCAAACUUUUAUUUCUGCACCCCCUUUUUAUAAUUUAUCAAGUCUCGUGCCCCAUCUAAAUAAAACUAAAUAAGCACUGAUAAAAAUAAAAUAAACCUGUAUAGGACAUACUGAGAAUUGACUUCACAAUGAAAUUGAAAUCGUGAAAGGACUUUGUAUAUCCAUCACUUUGCUACUGCAUGCUGGGGAAACAACAAAACUAUUUUUAUGAGUCUCACCUAAUGUAUAUUUAUUUUAAGAACCUUAUUUCAAAAUGUGGAUUUAUUUUUUCAUAUGGUGCUGUUGAAAAUGUUGUUUAAUCUACUAAGAAAUUUAAGUGUUUUCAUGAAUUACAAAAAUAGUCCAAUUUACGGUUAUGAAUUCUUAUUCAAUUUCUGUAAAUCUUCUGUUAAUUUUACCAUUUUUGAGCAGUGUGAUUUUGGUGUUUUAUGGCGAUUUUUAGAGUUUAUCUAUGAUCAUGUUUGGUCCAGUUUCUAGAAGUAGUCGAUUUUACGAGGCCAUAUUUGAUCUGUAAUAAACUUUUUAUAUACCUGUUGACCUUUCACCCCUAGAAAUUCAUUUAAGGUGUAUUAUUCUUUGCCAGACUGAAAGGUUUUUGUGGUUGUGCUGCUUCAGCAAAACUAAACCAAAAAUCUAAAUUAUUUUCAAUCUCUUGCAUUAGAAACGAAAUUAGAUUGACUAGGAUAAAAUUUCAUGCCAAAUGUAAUUCGAAAGAAAAAAUGGUAAAUUUAUCUUUUCUUGGAAGUGGGCCGAAACACUUUUAAUACAAUUUAAUCAGAUAUUUCAGCUUUGAAAUUUUAUAACUCAUAUUACCUUGUAAAAUUGUUAAGAAUACCCGGAAGAUUCGAUUACAACAAUUCAAAUUGAUCUUAUUUGACAAAGGUGUUUUUUUGCAGCUCAAAAAUAAUCAAAUUUGCUGUGAAAUUAUCGAAUUCAACAGGGAAUUAGCAGUUGUAUCUAAAGUGUGAUAUGUCGGUAAUAGUUCGGGAAUAACAAAUUGCAGACAACGGAGUGGAAUAUAUGGGUUGUAAUUGUAAUGUACAAAUAUUUCUUCUAUACUGUACUCUUAUAAUGGAAUUAUUUACUUUUCUUUAUUAAUCGUGAAAUGCAAACUAGCUAAUUCGCUGAUUAUCAGUUUUUAUCAGCAAAAACACCUUUCUGUUUGUCAGACAAAUAUAUUUUUGUGCGACAA